AUGAAGUUUGCAUUUAAAAUUGUGUUUAUUUGUGCGAGUUUAAGUACCGCGAUUGGGCAGUUUUGGCCAAAUAUAUUUUCUGGUUCAUAUCCAAGUUCCUACCCUAAUUCAUAUCCGGAUUCGUAUCACAGCUCAUACCCGAAUUCAUACCCUAAUUCAUAUCCAAAUCGGAAUAGUGAAAAUUCAAUAACUCAAGAAUCUGCUCAACCAACUUCCUUGUCCUUAAAUUCUUGUGAAAGCUAUUGGACAUUACAAAAUGAUGGAAAUGGAGUUUGGGGUCAGCUGUCCAUCACUAGUCCAAAUAGAGAACAAGCAAUAAUUAAAGUUGUUCUUACACUAGCAGCUGCUUUACCAACACGCUAUGUCGGUGACAUUGACUUACUUAAAAGCAAAGAAAGCACAUCAGAUGACGUAGCAAAUGGACUUCCAAUUGAAUAUCGAGUUAGAUUCCCACUACAACAUCCAAUACCAAAAUUAACUGAAAUUUAUUACAAUAAUCAACUCCUGUGUAGAGGACAGAAAGCUGUUGGUGAUGUAGUCACAACAAUCACUCUUGAUCAUUCAUUCUUAACUGGACUAAGCAGUAAUAAUUUCUAUGGAAAUCCAAACACAUAUCCAGUGCGACCUACUCGACUACCAAUCACUGAACCACCAAUUAUACGUCCUACAAUUACUCAAUCACCAGUGACUUACAGACCUGUUACAUAUCCUCCAGAAACUUUCCGACCAAAAACUCAAAAGCCAUCCACAAGAUCACCUCCAAUUAUUACUAGACCAACAGAGAGACCGACUUCUAUUGAUGAAAAAUUAGGCAUCCUUAAUUCUCAAUGCGGUGAUCCACAAGUUAAUCUAAGAAACGUUACGAGUUUAAUUGUGAAUGGAAGAAUGGCACUAAGAGGUCAGUUCCCAUGGCUGGCUGCUUAUUACCACAAUGAUGAAGGAUUUAAUGGAUACAUUUGUGGAGGUUCUUUAGUGUCUCAAAAAAUUGUCAUCACUGCUGCUCAUUGUAUUAAUGAUAAGUCAGAGCCUUCAUUUGUUAGAAAACCAGACCAAGCUAUAAUUUAUCUAGGCAGAUAUAACUUAAGAAGUGAUGCUGAACGAGGUUAUUUAUUUUCUGGCGUGACUAAAUUCAUCAUGCAUGCUGACUGGAAUCCAAGAGUUGACUCAUAUGAUGGUGACAUUGCUGCUAUUGUCUUGCUCAGAACUAUUCAAUUUACAAACUUAAUUCAACCAAUAUGUCUAUGGGAUUCGACAAAUAGCUACGCAGAUAUAAUUGAUCAUAAAGGAGUUGUGGCGGGAUAUGGAAAGACACAAACAUCGGUUGCAGAGAGUAGUAUUCCAUAUUGGAGUGAACUUCCUGUGGUUGAUGAAAGAACUUGCUUUGAAUCAAACAAUGUUUUUCUUACAAUGACAUCGAGGAGGACUUUUUGUGGUGGAAACAAAGAUGGAACUGGUCCAUGCAAUGGUGAUUCUGGCGGUGCUUUCAUUGUUCAAUCGGGAAGUAAAUAUUACCUUCGAGGAAUCGUCUCAGCCGCAUUGUUUAGUCAAGAAAAGUUUAUGUGUGAUACAAGUAAUUAUGCAGUUUUUACAGACGUCGCAGCUUUUAAAGAUUGGAUAUACAUACACAUCGGAACUUAUGGAUAA